CAAGAGGGGUGUCGCGACCGUGAUGGGCGCUGAUGAAGUCGUGGUGUUUCUGUAUAGCAUUUUAUCCUUGUUAUGAUGAAACUGUUGCGGUAUACGUCCCUGGACAGGUGCAUGGUGAUUCGUGCAUCAAGGAUAUACACUUUCCGUGUCUAUACGGCUCGAAUCGCUGCCUUUCACAGGCUAUUUGCUUUUUUCCUUCCGUUACGACUAGGUGGUGAAAUUCCUCGAUUUUGCAUAAUGAUUCCUGGAUUUUUCGCGAUCGAUGCUGUGCGUUCGAUGUCCCUGCUUUUGGCAUUUGUGGGCGAUGUUAGGUGAAUUGCUGAUUCUCGUAGCAAAUCUAUCCAUGGUCACUUGCCGAGCGUGGCAUGGUCGUUUUCGGCUGGGGCAAUGUCAGAUUUUGUGUUGGUUAAGAUGUGGAUGCAUGAUUGCUCCGCGGCUGCUAGGGAUUUGGGUGCGCUGACUUGAUUUUCACCAAUACCGUGGGCUGUACAGACCAUCUGUAAGCUCAGUGCGGUAGAACAGAUCUGAUAUUUUACUCAUCAACGCGAGGCGCUAGGGUACGACUGGAUUGUACAUCUAUUCUGCCUAUGCUCAAAGAAGGCCAUGGCGCCAGGCCGGAAGAAAGGAGGAGGAGCAACGAAGGCCGCCGCUGUGAAAAGGGAAUGGAAUGUAGGAGAAUUAGUUCUUGCGAAAGUUAAAGGAUACCCUCCUUGGCCUGCUCAGAUAAGCAAGGCCGAAGAUAAUGGCUGGCCUCCAAACCCGAACAAGGUUUUUGUGUGCUUUUUUGGCACUAAGCAAGUGCGAUUCUGUCAUCACAGCGAAAUUUCUUCAUUUACGCCGAAAGAAAGGAGUACUUUGGAGAACAAACUCAAUCAGAAGAACUGUCCUGUAGAUCUGACAAGGGCAAUCAGAGAAAUUUGCGAAUUGGAUGACGAUUUGAAAGCUGCUGCUAAUUUGAAGUAUUCUGGAGAAGAAGGUGGGCCUUCAGCGGUAGACAACGAAGAACGUCUUGAAGCAGAGAUAGCAUCCGAUCAAGAAGAGAACGUAGAUGCGUCAGAAAUUGCAAUGAACAAGAACAAGCGAGAAGAAGAUGUUUCGGACGAGGCUACAAAAAUAGAAGAGAAGUGUCUGCUCAACGAAGCUACGCUAGAUGAGGUGAUUCCUAUCGCGGAGGACGACUCGAAAUCUAUUAUUUCUAUCAGCGAAGUUGGUGUCGAACAAAGUGUUGAUAGACCAAGUGAAGCCGAUAGAAGCUCUGUCGGAAACUCCGUCGAAAACACGUUUGUUGGUACCAAGGGGAAAGAUCUGAACACAGUUCCAACACAAUAUUACAGAAAGAAGUCAAGGAAACCCGUGAAAGAAGAACCGAAGCCACAAGAGUCACAAGCUGUCGAGGAAUCCAGGCCUCUCGAAUCCACGCCUUUGCCGGAUGUCGAGGAAACCCCGGAGAGCUCUAACGCAGGUGGUCUUCCGAGGAGGAAAGCCUUUGGGGACGCCCUUUUAAAGCUACAGCAGUCGGCCGAGAAGAAGCUUACGCAGUCAACUGGGGUAGAAACGAAGGAUGAGGUUGGUGCGAAGUCGGCCGUUGCUACCAACCAAGUUUACCGGAAAAAGAAGAAAAGUAGUCAGCAAGGUUUUCAGAAAGUUCACGCAGGGGAACCAACAGCGGAGGUACCGAAUGGGAUUGAGGGUAGUACAUCCCUUGAUCUGCCUGCGAUAGAGGUAGGAACUGAUACAGUGGAGGGUGAUGUCGGACUAGAAUCUCCUUUAAAUAAGAAAGCUAGAAAAUUAGGGAAGAAGCAGUUCAAAUCAGUUCCUCCCGCCAUAGUAGACACGAAGAACAAACUUGAGGAGUCCCAGUUUGAACAAGUGGGUCCGCCAGUCUUACCUGAUGAGAGUGUAAAGGCGCUCUUGCAGCUGGAAUCAUCGCAUGGAGAGGGGGCCGGAACGCGAAACUCUCAGUCCAAGAGGAAGAUCAAAACAGAUGCGGGUAAAGCUUCUGUCCUGGAAGGAAGUGAAGGAUCUGACUUCGAAUUGGAAGAGAGAGCACAAGUUAAGGUUUCAGCAGGUGAUAGUCAAGGGAAGAAGAGGGCAUUCAGGGCUAUUAAAGCGAGUUUGAAGUCUUCUAAGAAAGUGAAGGUGUCUGCCGGAACUAGUCCGAGUGACGUGAAAGUGUUCCAGAAGGUGAGCGAAGCAGUAGUGCAGGACGUCAAAAUGAGUGACAGUGGUGACAGAGGAACUGGUUUACCACCGAAGAUCGCGAAGUACAGAAUCAGAAGCUGCCUGCCAGACGAUGAAGCAGUUCUACCCCCUUCCAAACGCUGGCAUCCUGCAUUCGAAGCCAACAGUUCGUGUGAAACUGAGCCAGCACAAGUACGGCCUUCUUACCCUGCUGAGGAGAAGAUGGAACAACUUGGAGGAUCAACCACAUCUGAGGAUGACGAUUCUCAAGAAGAAAUACCAGUUGCAGGUUCUGAGUCAAGGCAGGUUAAAAUGGAUGGGAAAGUCUUUGAGAAACCUCAAAAUUCUUCAGUGACAUCGAAGAGAGGUGCAGGCAUUACAGAUCUCGCAAAGAGCUGUAGUUUGUCGAGGGCAGCUGACUUUACUGCAGAUGUCUUAGACUCGUCUCCACUCAGCAAGCUUCCGCUUGGGGACUCUGAAGCUUUGGACUCACUGCGGAGAGAGAAAACAAGUGAUUCGAAAGGAUCAGGAAAGGGUAAAACCACCAAUGUGGCUAAUUCAAAAGUUGAUAUCAGUGAAUCUGGGAAGGGACAACUGGAGAAAUCACAAGUGAAAGCAGCGGAUGUGAAGAAAGGUUCAUCUCAGAAACCACAAGCCAAGGAGAAAAAUCCUGCGAAGGUAGGAGAUUCUCAUAAAUUGUUCUCUGAGAAGUCAUCCAUCAAGGGAAAAUCUACCAAAGUGAAGAAAGGGAACGUCAGUCCUGCAAAGGAACCAGGUGUUGUGGGACUCGCUAAUUCCAGCCCCGAACCCAAGAAGCUAGAUGGGACUGUGGUUGCGGAAAAAUUCAGUCAAGAAAGUACACUCAGGCAGUCGCUCGUGAGUCCCCAAAAUACGACUCCGGGUAAAAAUACAAGCGAGGCGGCACCAGAAAGAACGAAGGGAGUUUCAAUCGUUCAAUCGUCUGAUGCGGGAAAGACAAAUGGCUCAAAUACAACGGCGAAGAGCGAGGGGUUCACAUCGCCAGCAAAAUUGCGCGCGGAGGUUCAAGAUAAUACACUUCGACAAGCAGUCGAAGCUGCUAAGGAGACCAAACAAAAGUUUCUUCAAGGAGAAGCAAAUGCAUCGUCCAUGUCUCUAAAGUACCUGAUUGCAGCAGCACAGGCAAAGAGACAAGCUCGACAUAUUCCUGCCGCUGGAGAACUAGGUGGAAGUCUUUCAGAAAAGGUGGCAGGUGCUUUAGUUUCAAGCCCUUCACCUACUCAGGGCCUAGGAAGUUCGAGGCUGACUUCACCACUGCCAAGUUCAAAUGUGCCUUCUUCUCUGGAUGUACCUAAAUCAUACGCAGAUUUCACAUCGCCUCCUGGGACCAAGAGUGACAACUCUCGUUGGAAGAGCAAUGGCAAAGAUAAAAGCAAUGCACUUUCGAGAGAAGGUUAUAGUGCUGAAUCCACCGAGGGAGCAGUUGCGAGAGACACAUUCACAGGGAUGCUUGAAACCCUCUCUCGAACGAAAGAAAGUAUUGGACGAGCAUCACAUCAUGCCUUGGAGUGUGCAAAAUAUGGGAUUGCCGAACAGAUUGUGGAGAUUAUUGCCGAUAGGCUUGAGAAGGAACCAAGUUAUCAUCGACGAGUGGACCUUUUCUUUUUAGUGGAUUCUAUCACUCAAUGCUCAAGCAACCACAAAGGUGUUACAGGCGCAGCGUAUCCCUCAAUCGUCCAAGUUGCAUUGCCCCGUUUACUUAGUGCUGCAGCUCCUCCAGGAAGCAUUGCUAGAGAAAAUCGCAAACAAUGUCUGAAGGUUUUGAGACUAUGGUUGGACCGAGACAUCCUACCGUCGCCAGUGUUGCGUCACUUUAUGAGUGAGAUUGAGUCUCACAAUGAUGAUAAGUUGUCCGGGGGCAAUGCACGACGACCUUUUCGUUCGGAACGGGCAGUUGAUGAUCCAUUGAGAGAAAUGGAUGGAAUGUUUGUUGAUGAAUAUGGAAGCAACGCAAGUUUUGCUUUGCCGGGUUUGCUCAUACCAAGAAUGUUUGAAGAUGAUGAGGAAGGAGAUGAUGGAAGAAAAUCGGACAAUGCGGAUGAAACCAUACACAUUCAAUUGAAUGUGCACGAGGAUACUGAGAAGAGUCCGAAAGCUCAAGAUCGUGAAGACUUGGACAAACAUCGACAUGUUUUGGAAGAUGUUGAUGGUGAAUUGGAAAUGGAAGAUGUCUCUCCUUCUUCAGAGAACGAAAAGCCAAAGAAGGAACAGUUGGCGAAGACAAGUGCAUCUACGGUGCAUGAAGCUGAAACUCCUCUGAACACAAACGCAAGCGAGGGUCCUGCGGCCGGAAGUCAACCACCUCUUCCUCAAGGACCGCCCCCUCCACCAUCUGGGCCUCCACCUUCACCCCCUCCGUUGCCAGCCUCUCCUCCUCCUUCCCCUCCUCCCCCGCCUCCACCAGCCUCUCCUCGGCUGCCUGUGGAUGUUUCUUCUCCUGCUGUUCAAGGCCCUACUAAUCCAAUGCACAAUACUAGGCUGGGAGGCCAACACCCUCCAGUACGACAUCAUGUUGUUCAAAGUGGUCAUCCUCUCAGUGUCUCGUCUGCGUUUACUUCCUCCACAGUCUAUCCGAUCCAAGCACCUCCUGGAUCAAAUGGACCCAAACCAUCAGGGUCCCAAGGUUAUCCCAAGCCGUCAGGGUCUCAAGGUUCUAUGCAUAUCCCAUUGGGGUAUAAUGCACCAAAUCCGUCUGUUCAUCUCCAUCUCGGGCCAAAUACCCACCUUUCUCAACCACCUCCAAAUCCACAACCAAGGAGUACUCCCCAUGGGCAACAAGUUGCAGGUCACAGCGUUACAACAAGUGCAUCUCAAUCUCAAAACCCCUUACAGCACAUGCCUCCAAAUGUUGCCCCUCCAUCCUCAUCCCAUCUUCAACCUAACAUUCUUCAUUCUACACCCUUGCCUCCAAUUUCAUCCAUUCCUCAAGUUCCACAUCAUGUUCAUCCCUUGCCACAUGGUACUCCUGGAUUUGGACAGAGAUCGUACAUGCAGCCUCCUAAACCUCUUCCGACCCCUUAUCAAAUGGGUAUGCGAGAGGAGAUCGGCUCACAUCGUCAAACCCAUACCCCAGAUUCUUCUGCAGCAUUGCUUGGAGAGCAAGAAAAAUUAUCUCCUCAUAUCCGGAGAGUAAUGCAGGAAGAACAACUACGCAAGAGGCAGAAGGACUCUAUUUCUGAGAGAACGGUGGAGUCCAAUCUUGGGCACGUAGAAGGACGGCAAUUACCGAGUGGAGUAGGGCCCGUAGAAGGAGGACCUGGGAGCGGUGACAAACCAGGAGGAACUCAGUAUAUGCAUGGUAACGCAAAUUUUCUACCGCAGGAUCAGAUGUUUCGUAUGAAUGGAGCAAUGAUGCGUCCUCAACACUCAGCACCACCAUUUUCUCCAAAUAUGGUGCCAAUGCAGCACCAACAAUUUCCGCCACCACAACCAUUUCCGCCGCCUCCUUUCAGACAUCCAGCAAAUAUGCAAGGGAAUAUGCCAGGGAACGUGGCAAUGCUGGGACCACCACCACCACCUCUGCCUCCACCACCAUACUCUUAUGGUCCAGGAAUUCCGGGAGCAAUGCCACAGGUUCCAGUGCCACCAUCACAACCUCCACAUUUGAUGAAUUUCAGGCCUGGAGGUCCUGCUCCAAAUCAAUGGAGGCCUAGUUGAUUCUGACAUCAGUCAGACGUUGGAACUGCUUGUGCCAGUAAUGAUACCUCGAGAGCAUAUGGUAGAUUGUAGUAAGGACUAUUUUGUGACAACUGUGUUGAGAUAACUAGGGGGAAGCUGGCUAAAUCGACUGGUUGUCUACUGGAAUAUGGAGCUGAAGCCAAGGUGACAAGACGUAAUUUGGAUCAAAAGGCCCGCACCAAUGAUGGUGAUGAUCAUUACCUUGUUGGGAACAAAUUACUCUGAACCGCAAGUAAGUCAUUCAGAUACCUGCCAGAAACUCGUAGUCAGUGGACAAACAACACAAACCCGAUUUUUGUACAUAACGUAUUUUUCUUUUAUCUGCAUCAAGCGGAUGUAUAAACAUGCCACAACAAUUUGGUUACUCCAUGUUUUCCCCCGGGCAAGAUCGAACGGUUUCGAAUACAUCUAGGUAAAGACUCAUCGCAAAUUCUUGUUUGUACUCAGUUUCAGUCGUCAACUAAAUCGAAAAAGUACGGAGAUUGUGCUCGUGG